AUGUAUACUGCACCUGGCCUUUCUAUCAUUUUCUGGAACGCCAAUGGGCUGAAAAGUAAAAUGCUUGAUCUUCGCACCUUCGCCGAUGAGAGAAAACCAGACAUCAUCCUCCUUCAAGAAACCAAGCUGAAAAAUGACCACUCGCCAUAUCUACCUGAGUACUUCUUCUACAGACAGGAUGGCCCCCAAAAUCCGUUAUGCGGCGGAACAGGCAUUUUUAUCAAAAAGAAUAUCAAACACGAGGAAAUAUUUAUACCUAACCUUAAAAAUAUCGAAAACACAAUAAUCAAAAUCCAACUUAAAAAUAGACCCCCAAUAGUCAUUGCGUCUAUCUACAUUCCCUGCAAACCCGACAAAAACUUCACGCUGGACCUGGAAAAAAUUCUGAACCUGAACAUUAGUGCUAUUCUUUGCGGAGACAUGAAUGCUCACCACAUUAAUUGGAACUGCAGAUCAUCUAAUAGUACGGGGAAAGCCCUUGCUGACUUAGCAAACAGUAAAAAUCUUGAAAUCUUAGCGCCUCAAACCCCAACUAGAUUCGGUCCCAACUCUGCAUCAACUAUAGAUUUAGCAAUCACCAAAAAUUUCUCCUACAAACACCAAAUAACAUCCAUCCCCGAUCUGCCCUCCGACCACAACCCAAUAGAACUCAAAUAUGACUUCAAUAUCACCCCAAUAAUCAUUAAUAGACAAAAAGUCACUACUGACUGGGAGAACUAUAAAAAAUUCCUAAACACAAACGUAGAACUGAGAAUUCCUGAUAUUCGUACCCAUAAACAACUUGAAACUGAAAUCCAAAAACUUAUGUCCGACAUUACUGACGCGUAUAAUAAUAGUUCAAGACCCCUAAAGCUCCAUGAGCAAUUAUAUCUACCCCCCAACAUCAGGGAACUUAAAAAACUACGAAAUAGAGCUAAAAAGAACUGGCAAAAUAAUAGAGAUCCAGCCUCUAAAAAUAGAUACAAUAGGGCCCAAGAAAAAUUUAGAACUGCCAUAACCUUAUACAAUAAUAAUAUCUACCUGAAACAAAACGAAACCCUAAACGCUCAGGACAAUUCACUCUGGAGAGCAACGAAGAGGCUCAAACAAAAGCGGUCCCCAAUCCCCCAGUUAAUUGACCCAAUCUCUAAACUUCCCGCACAUACUGACAUCCAGAAGGCCGAAAUAAUAGCAGACCAUUUUGAAGAUCAAUUCAAACCAAACAACCUUCCCAACAAACAAAUGGAGAAUAUGGUUCAAAAUACAAUAUAA